AUGCUUCAUUCCAAACAUCUAUGCUGCUCUGUUCACGGCUGCUCUCAUCCCUCUCAUGUGCCUCGUGGUGGUAUUUGUGGUGUUCAUUCAUGCCUAUCAGCUAAAGCCACAGUGGAAAGGUUAUGACGACAUCUUCAGAGGACGAACAAACGCAGCAGAAAUUCCUCUGAUUUUAUAUCUCUUUGCCCUGAUUUCUAUGACAUGGCUUUGGGGAGGACUGCAUAUGGCCUACAGACACUUCUGGAUGUUGGUUCUCUUUGUCAUUUUCAAUAGCCUGCAGGGACUUUAUGUUUUUGUGGUUUAUUUCAUUUUACACAACCAAACGUGUUGCCCUAUGAAAGCCAGCUAUACGGUGGAAAUGAAUGGUCACCCAGGACCCAGCACAGCCUUCUUCACUCCUGGGAGCAGAAUGCCUCCAGCAGGAGAGAUGAACAAGUCUACCCAGAACCUCAUCAACUCUAUGGAAGAGGUGCCAUCUGACUGGGAGAGAGCAUCCUUCCAACAGACGAGCCAGGCAAGCCCUGAUUUGAAGACAAGUCCCCAGAAUGGUGCCUCAUUCCCUUCUUCUGGAGGAUAUGGCCAGGGCUCCCUGAUAGCUGAUGAGGAGUCCCAGGAGUUCGAUGAUUUGAUAUUUGCAUUAAAAACUGGUGCUGGUCUCAGUGUCAGUGACAACGAAUCUGGUCAAGGCAGCCAGGAGGGAGGUACCUUGAGUGACUCCCAGAUUGUAGAACUCAGGAGGAUACCCAUUGCCGACACCCACCUCUGAGAGCCUCACUAGCACUACCCAUUAGAAAGAAGAUACUUUUCCUAUUUGCUUUGGCUUUUUUACUAAACUCUGUAAACAUCUGCAGCCAUGUAGUAGUCAAGUGUCAUACUGAAUGACUAACACAGAAGUGACCAUUGUGGUUGGAAUAUACAUUGCUUAGUAUUUGUGCAACUUAUGAAUUGACUUCUGUGAUAAAAGAUCAGAUCAUUUCUGCAAGUUACAAGGAUGCACAUGGUCCAAAAAUAUUAGUUGUUUUUUUAAUCAUCCUAACUUGUCUAACACUGUUUAAUGAAAAUAAUAAUCAAUAAAAAAACAAUA